GUUUCUAAGAACAAGUCAUAAGUAAUGGGCACCUAGUGUUUUAUAGCAACUGAGGACCAUAAGGCAUCACAGUCGUCUCUCAGCUACAGCCAAGUCAAGACGAUGUUGCAGCCAGUAAAGGCCUCAGUAGUCAUGGUGGCCACAUUCUGCAGUUUUCUGCUGUUAUUCCUGGUACAGGGAGUUCUAGCCCAGAAUAACACAGUAGUGUCUAGUGUCCUGCCGCAUCCAUCCUCUUACGCAGAGGUCAAGGCUUCAGACGAGAAUAUCACAGGAGUCCUUAACGAACUAAAUGGGUUUCUGAUAAGAAUGGAGUCAAUUCUGAAUAACAAUUCUGAUAUCACCAAGCAGCUGGCCACCGUUGUGAUACAUCAGUUCAACUGUAGUGAACAGAAUUGCUGCCCCUACCCUUACACUAGAGUACUGGACGAGUGCUUCUACUUGAGUCUUCACUCACUUCACUGGUAUGAAGCUCGAGAACACUGCCAAGGCAUGAGUGGUGACUUAGCCUCUCCCAAACACAUCGACGCACUAAAGACUUACAUUAUCAACACUGCAGGUUUGUAUAUUCAGUUGAUAAUGUGCAACAAAAACACACACACACACACACCUUCGACACAGUUUCUCACAAGAGAUUAGUACAGAAGCUAGAGG